GCGGCGGUGGCGCUGCCGAGCGGAGCGUCCCCCCCGCCGCGGCCUUCCCUCCGCCCCCCGCCGGCCACACCCCCUCGCGCUCGCGGUGAACCGAGAUCCCCUUCCCCUCACCCGCCUGCACACACACCCCUCCUCCUCCUGCUGCCAUUCCCCCUCCUGCGCCGAGAGAAAGGGAAGGGAGGAGGCGCCGGGCCUGGGUCUCCCGCACCGAGGCGCCGCGGCACAACAUGGAGGAGCUGGUGGUGGAGGUGCGGGGCUCCAACGGGGCCUUCUACAAGGCAUUUGUGAAGGAUGUGCAUGAAGAUUCCAUAACAGUUGCAUUUGAAAACAACUGGCAACCAGAGAGACAAAUACCAUUCCAUGAUGUGAGGUUUCCACCGCCUGCGGGCUAUAAUAAAGACAUAAAUGAAAGUGAUGAAGUAGAGGUUUAUUCCAGGGCAAAUGAAAAAGAACCCUGCUGUUGGUGGUUGGCUAAAGUGAGAAUGAUAAAGGGUGAGUUCUACGUAAUAGAAUAUGCAGCCUGUGAUGCUACGUACAAUGAAAUCGUCACAAUUGAGCGUUUGAGAUCUGUGAACCCCAAUAAACCCGCAACAAAAGAUACUUUUCAUAAAAUCAAGCUGGCAGUUCCAGAAGAUUUAAGGCAAAUGUGUGCCAAAGAGUCUGCACAUAAGGACUUCAAAAAGGCAGUUGGAGCUUUUUCUGUAACAUACGAUUCUGAAAACCACCAGCUUAUUAUUUUGUCAAUCAAUGAUGUAACAACAAAGCGGGCAAAUAUGCUGAUUGAUAUGCACUUUCGAAGUCUUCGUACCAAGUUAUCCCUGAUCCUGAGAAAUGAAGAAGCAAGCAAGCAGCUGGAGAGUUCUAGACAACUUGCGUCACGAUUUCAUGAACAGUUUGUUGUACGUGAAGACCUAAUGGGUCUGGCCAUUGGCACUCAUGGGGCUAAUAUUCAGCAAGCCAGAAAAGUCCCUGGAGUAACUGCCAUUGAUCUUGAUGAGGAUACUUGCACAUUCCAUAUUUAUGGAGAGGAUCAAGAUGCAGUGAAAAAGGCAAGAAGUUACCUUGAAUUUGCUGAAGAUGUCAUACAAGUUCCAAGAAAUUUAGUAGGGAAAGUAAUAGGAAAAAAUGGAAAGCUGAUUCAGGAGAUAGUGGACAAAUCUGGUGUUGUAAGAGUGAGAAUUGAGGCUGAAAAUGAUAAAAAUAUUCCACAAGAAGAGGGAAUGGUACCAUUUGUGUUUGUGGGAACCAAGGAUAGCAUCACUAAUGCAACUGUUCUUCUGGAUUAUCAUCUUAAUUAUUUAAAGGAAGUGGACCAGCUGCGUUUGGAAAGAUUGCAAAUUGAUGAGCAGCUUCGACAGAUUGGAGCUACUUCUAGGCCACUACCAAAUCGUACAGAUAAGGAAAAAGGGUACAUGGCUGAUGAUGGUCCAGGACUUGGACGUGGUAGUCGACCUUACAGAAACAGGGGGCAUAGCAGACGUGGUCCAGGUUAUGCUUCAGGAACUAAUUCUGAAGCAUCAAAUGCUUCUGAAACAGAAUCUGAUCACAGAGAUGAACUUAGCGAUUGGUCAGCAGCCCCAGUAGAAGAAGAGCGAGACAACUACCUUCGUAGAGGAGAUGGACGGAGACGUGGAGGUGGUGCAAGAGGACAAGGAGGGAGGGGGCGCGGAGGAUUUAAAGGAAAUGAUGAACAGUCACGAACAGAUAAUCGUCAGCGUAACUCCAGAGAUGGAAAAGGGAGAACAGCAGAUGGAUCUCUUGAGAAUACCUCCAAUGAAGGUAGUCGGCUGCGCACGGGUAAAGAACGUAAUCAGAAGAAAGAGAAAACGGACAGCGCAGAUGGUCAACAGCCGCUGGUGAAUGGCGUCCCCUAAACUGCAGAAUCCUGAAGUCAUAUUUCCUAUACUGUUUCAGUAAUUCCUAUUCCAUGUUAGAGAAACUUGUUAGGCCAAAGACAAAUAGUAGGCAAGAUGGCGCAGGGCAUGAAAUGAACAUAUGUUCUUUGUUAGCCUUUUUUAACAUCAGCAGUAUGCAGUUCUUUUCAGAAUAAGAAGUUAUUCAAAUAUUUGCAUAAAAAUAUCUGAAUUUCUGAAAAUCGCUUUCAAGUACAUAUUGCAGUUCAAACAAUGAAACAUUCUUUUUUGUUUGUUUUAAAAAUACUGAGCUGUGCAUUGGUAAAUUUUCUGUUCAGUUGUACUGUUUUAACACAUCGGGUCAAAUUCACUGCUCAAUUUCAAUUUUCAGAAUAAAUAGUGUUUGCAGUAAUCAAAUUGGCUUCUGUUUUCAAUCUAACUUACAAGUUCUUCAUGAAAUGCUAUGUCGUUUUAUGUCCUGUGUCAGUUCACAUUCUGGUCCACCUUUUUCAAUAUUUUAGUGGACCCUGAAAUAUGUGUGAUGUAACAAUUGUCAUUUUCAUUAGCAAAAAAGUUGUAUGAUCUGUGCCUUUUUUAUAUCUUGGCAGGUAGGAAUAUUAUAUUUGGAUGCAGAAAUCAGGGAAGAUGAGUUGGUAACACUAAAUGUAAAAUAUAUGUAGCAAUCUCCUUGUCAGACGUUAGUACUUUAUAGACAAGUGCAUGCUUUCCAUAAUUUUUCCUUACAUAACCAUUGAGUUAGGCAGUUAUAAGAAUAGGAGAUUUAUUUUGCACUGAAGAUUUGGCAAAUAGUGUUAUUGAAAAAGGGUUGUAAUUUUUUUCCUUUGUAGGCAGUACAGGAGCUUUUUUUCUUCUUUUUUUUAAUAAAAAAUAAUUAAAAAAAAAACCCUUUCCUUUGUGGAAAACUUAAAAAAAAGAGAAAACUCAUUGUUACUGAGGGAACAAGUGUAACGUGUCCACAAGCUAGUAAUGUGUGCCUGCUGUUUGGCCAGAUGACCAGUUUAAAGCACUGAUGUUUCUCAUCCUCCCAAAAUUUUUUGCAUUGCUUAUUUUAGUUCAGGGGCCAUCUCAGGAGAGGUAAGAAGAAAAUGACCACGUGUAAUGCCCUGGGAAGUACAGAUAGAGGAGUUGGAGAUACUGGAGGUAGAAAAAACAUCCAUAUUUUGAGGUACAAGGUCUGAAUUACCAGCCCAUUCUAAGGUGUCGUGGUAUUUGAUCCAAAGUACAGUUGUACACCUGGGAAGUGGUGGGGGAAGCUGUGCUUUCUUUUAUUUCGGAUCAUACGUUAACUUACUGAGCAAAACUGUAUAAGGACCUUCAUUUUAAUCCAUUUUUGUUCAGAUUGCUCCAGAAGGAGAGCCGCUGUUUAUGUACAGACUUGUACAAACUUGAUCUGAUGUAUUUUGUGAGUUUUAUUUCUUUGCUUUUUUCAUUCUUUUUUUUCCUUGCAUACAGGUGAGCAUACUAAAAAUGGCAACGAACUGCACACGAAUUAACAAAUAUAAAAAUGUCUUAAAAAGUAUUGCCAAACAUUAAUGUUGAUUUCUAGUUAUUUAUUUUGGGAAUGUAUAGUAUUUGAAAACAGAAAUUGGUACCUUGCACACAUCAUCUGUAAGCUGUUUGGUUUAAAAUACUGUAGAUAAUUAACCAAGGUAGAUUGACCUUGUAAUGUAACUGCUCUUGGGCAAUAUUCUCUGUACAUAUUAGCUACAACAGAUCGGAUUUUAUGUUGACAUUUGUUUGGUUAUAGUGCAAUAUAUUUUGUAUGCAAGCAGUUUCAAUAAAGUUUGAUCUUCCUCUGCUAACUGAUGUUGAUGCAAUCCUUAUAAAUGAUUGCUUUUAAAAUCUCAACUUACAGAAAGUAGAAAAAAAGUAUUUCUUUAUUUCUACUUUAAUGGCAGCCAUUGUUUAUUUACACAUUUCAGAAGGCUUUUAAAAUAUUACCAGUUUUCAGAACUAUGGCACAUAAAGCUCAAGAAAACACAAUCUCAUGAUGAAAUGGUACAGUAUCUGUUGAGUUGUCACACUGCGUGCGCUGUAUUUCUCACAUUCAGUGGUUGAGUUCACUAAGGUGCUAACUAGGUUAAAAUGUGAAGUUACUAAACUAGUCUGAUUCAUUAGCUGCAUUCCAUUUUCAAGUGCAUUUUGGGGUUAUGACCUUCAGUAUUUGUGUGCUUAACAUGUAUCCCUUUCUAUUCAUAUUGCAGUGGUUUUAAAUGUUAUUAAAUUUCAACAAAUUAAACUGUGAAUCUAAAUGUACAAUCUUAUUUUGAAAAGUCAUGUUGUUACAAAACUUGAAAGUGCAACAAAUGUCUGAUGCUGAAGUUCAGGUUCAUCCUAUUGGUAACUUAUAAAGUAUGGUCUAAUGAAUUAAAAUUAUUUUUAAAAUAAAGUACUUUCAAAAGAGUGAGAGGUAUUUGUGGAUGAUGCCAAAGUCUAAAUUCAAUAGGGUUAAGCUCAAAGCCUAUAAAUUAACAAAUACUUACAAAAUAGGAAGUUUGUGUUUUCUUUCUGUACUAAAUGUGGGUUUGUUAAUGAAGGUGGGAAGUUUUUUCAGAGUUGGUAUAAAACCUUAGCAAGG